CCUCUCUUUCUGUCUCCACGUUUCUCGCCAACAAAACCAACAAACAGACUCUCUUUGAUCGUAUAUUAUUAACCUAAAUCGAAGACGAAUCUCUGAAUCUCCGGCUACAUAUUUCAAACAAAUCUCGAGAACCGGAGGAAGAAGAAAAACAAAAGAAAAGAUGUGUUGUGGACGGGUUUGCAUGCUGUGCACGUGUUUGCUUCUUGUCGUGAUCGCGAUUGGGUUCCUAUUCGGCUUCGGAGUAUUCAAGGAUGGUUUCCACAAGAUCCAGGAGACCGUCCGUCUCGAAUGCGAUCCCAGGUUCGGCUGCGGCGGUGACGUUGGGCGUCGCGGUUAUGGUUUCCCAGCUCCCUCCGGUCAUUAACUAGAUGUCUUCUCAUAUUAAACUCUUUCGAACCGGCGUCAUUGUCUUUGAAUGUGUUUGGUUCGGUCGGAUUUGGAUAUAUCGAUUAAUAGGAUAUAGUUUUUUUUCGUUGUUGUUUUAAAUUUUCUUCCAUAAUACGUUACAAUGAUU